AUGGAAAAAUUGUCCAUCUGCUUGGCAAGGGAUUAUGGUAAUCGGAAAGGGCAGAAAAGCAUCAUCCUCAAAGCAGUUGCUGGUUUUGAUACCUGGGUUUGGCACGCCUUCUUUGGAGUUGCCGGCUCUCAAAAUGAUUUGAACGUCCUCGGUCAAUCCCCGGUGUUCAAUGAUAUUUUGAGAGGUGAAUGCCCAAAUAUCACAUAUCAAGUCAAUAAUACCGUGUAUCAGAACGGGUAUUAUCUAGCUGAUGGUAUCUACCCGAGGUGGACAACAUUUGUGAAAUCAAUUCCACAUCCCCGAUCCGAGAAGGAAAAUUUUUUUGCUGCCUAUCAAGAGGGGUACAAAAAAGAUGUGGAGAGGUGCUUUGGUAUCCUUCAAGCUCGGUGGGCUAUUAUCAGGGGCGCGGCGCGUCUAUUUGACGAGGAGGUGCUCAGAAGUAUAAUGAUGACUUGUAUCAUCCUCCACAACAUGAUUGUGGAAGAUGAGUAUGAUUAUGAUGUUGAUGAAGUGUAUGAACCAGAUCCCAUGAACACGACCUUAACACGAAUUUAUGAAAAACCUAUGGGGCCAAAUGGAGAACCAGUGCAGCAUGAUCCGUUAGUUAGAGACGGUACUUUCAUGCAUCGUAUGAUUGAGCGCUACACGGAGAUGCAAUCGUCGUAUAUUCAUGAACACCGUCAAGUUGAUUUGAUGGAGCAUUUGUGGGCGGUGAAAGGCAAUGAAGGUCAAUGA